GACAAAGACAGAGUGUGACAGCUGACUUCCUCAUUACCAAAUGCUCAGUUUACAUUUUAACUUUUACUCCUCCACUUUCACGUUUGGCUGAUUGCUGUCAAAAUGCUGCUGCCUGCCUUCUGUCGCUUUACACAGAUUUUCCUUCUCACUGGAUGGUUUGUUGGGUACAGAAGUGAUGAUGAUGGAUUAGCAAAACCAGGAAUAGACGUGAGUAAAACUUCGCUGUCUGAAAAUGGGAAUGUCGAAGUUACCUGUGACAUCCCUGAGAAGGCAGUACAGUGUUCACUGUAUCGAGAUGGACAGCAUGUCCCCAUGAAGAAUGAAUCAGGCAAGUCAGGACUGUGUCAGUUCCAUGUGACUGCAGAGGAGCUUCACCAUGGAAAUACAGACAUGGCGUGGAUCACUAUUGUAAGGCUAAGCUGCGCCUACAGUGUCGGUGAUCAGCAUUCAGAGCGAAGUGAGAUGAAGGAAGUGAAGGUCUUAGGUGUGCUGAAAGCCCCCCAGCUGAAAAUAAAGCCAAAUGUCAUCAGGAAGGGAGACACAGCAGAGCUGCACUGUUUGGUGCCUCCGUCCAUCUCCGGGUGCCAUUUCCUGAUAGGGGGAAAGUUGAUUAAUCUGACUUCCUUAGAAUGUCUGCUCUCCUAUUCCUGGGAUGAUCUCCGUCAGACUGGGAAUCACAGUGCAGAUACUGAGAUUGAAGUUCAGUGUCUGUACUCUGUGCUGACAGAUGGACAUGAAGCUCCAUCACAACACAGCAACGUCUCUAUAGUUACAUUGUUGGGGGUCACGCUUAGCUCUACAGUUCACCCAGUGGUCACAUCAGAGAACUCCACGGUGGAUCCUGUGUCAGAUGAUGGAGCUUCUUUUAGGCCAGGUGAAGGAAAGGCAGCCAGUAGAACAGGGAAUCCCAGUCAGCCAGGCAGAGCAGAGAGAACCAGGGCGCGGCCGAGAGGUGCUGCUGAGGAUACACACUGGAAUAAAGCAGGAACAGUGGGGGUACCUUGUGCUGUGGCUGCAAUCCUGCUGGGAGCCGCUGCGGUCUUCCUGUACAGGAGACACAGAAACCAGAAAUUAACAAGACAACUGCCAGAUCAUGAUGCCAGCGUGAGAAUGGCAGAGCCAAGCAGUGACACGCAGUCCUGCAAUAAUGUCAUCUAUUCAUCGAUCAGCGAUGCCCCUACUGAUCCAGUGACACGAGAGGAGAACAAGGUGCCUUCUAUGAUCGACACACCUGAUGCUGAUCACUGUUAUGCCACAAUCUCUGAGGUGUCCCCUGAGGUGUCCCCUGCUUCCAUCAUUGCAACCACCAACUACAGCACUGUACAGCAGCAAUGAAAGCAGAUUACAUUAGUCAAACGUCUUUCCUAAAAUCAUUUUUAAUGACACAUUAUGGAUUUUGUAAUAUACUAAGGAUUGUUGAGAAUUAUAGGAUCUAAGAAGAAACUGUGCUUUACACUGUUGUAAUCCUGAAACAAAUUACAAAUAAAGGAUUGCAAAGGCUUUCAUUUUUCAA